AUGGUACAUUUUACCGCUGUUGUGAUGCGGCGACCUAAAUACCACUACACUUUAGUCGUUAUUACUAUUCUAUGCAUCGUCUAUUUCUUAUUCGUGAAACGACCGACUGACCACACAUGGGUAACCGAGAAGGAAUCAUUGCGACCAAUCUCCUAUGGAAACGUGAAUGAGAAAUCGGCAUUUAUCUUCAUUGGCGGUGUUCCGCGUUCUGGGACCACGCUAAUGCGUGCAAUGCUGGACGCACAUCCUGAUGUGCGCUGUGGCGAGGAGACUCGUAUUAUUCCCAGAAUAUUGGGACUUAGAGCGCAGUGGAGGAAAAGUGAAAAGGAAUGGAAUCGUCUACAACAAGCUGGUGUUACCAAUGAAGUCAUUAAAAGUGCAGUAGCAUCUUUUAUUAUCCAGGUGAUAGCUGGUCAUGGCGCUCCUGCUCCUCGAUUAUGCAAUAAGGAUCCAUUCACAAUGAAAUCUGCAGCAUUUCUGUCGGAAAUGUUCCCGAAUGCUCAGUAUAUUUUCAUGAUUAGAGACGGGAGAGCUACUGUACAUAGCAUCAUAUCGAGAAAGGUGACCAUCACUGGCUUUGAUUUGAGCGACUAUCGGCAAUGUCUGACCAAGUGGAAUGCAGCGAUUAGUUCUAUGAAUGAUCAGUGUGAUGCAGUUGGAGAGAAAUGUUUGAAGGUUUAUUAUGAACAACUAGUACUGCAUCCGGAGUCGCAAAUGCGACGCAUCUUGAGUUUCCUUGGCCUACCAUGGAAUGCCAGUGUUCUACAUCACGAGCAAUACAUAGGAAAAGAUAUUUCCUUGUCAAAUGUGGAGAGAAGCUCGGAUCAGGUUGUAAAACCAAUUAAUAUGGAUGCGUUAACGAAGUGGGUCGGUGCAUUUCCUGAAGACGUUGUUAAGGACAUGGACGAGAUUGCUCCAAUGCUCCGCAAGCUAGGUUACGAUCCGCACGAAAAUCCGCCUAACUACGGUGACCCGGAUGAGACAGUUGCGAAGAAAACGGAAGAAAUUCGCAAACAUGGCCGGGAAUGGUAUAAGAGAGCUGUUAGUGUUGUCAAUGAUCCAGCUAGAGUGGAUAAACCGCCAGAAUCAUAG